AAGAAUACAUAAAUAGCGGGUUUUGUUUUGGAGAAAGGGUCUUAUCCUAUUUCCUAUUUGUUUUGCAGUUUGAGGCCACACUCUCAUCUCAACGCAUCUUUCUCUCUUUCCCAUCCCAAAAUGCGUUUUCCUUGCCAACUCAAUCUUACUCAUUCUGUUUUCCUUCUUCUUCCUCCUCCUUUUCUAUAUUUCUCAGAUUUGUAACCUUCCCUUUGCAGCCGUGGCUCCUUGGCGAGACAUUAACCAUUGCAGUAGUGGUGGGUUAUACAAAUUACAACAUUGUAACUCUGGGGUUUUGAGGAUGGUGACCACCAGAAAUGUUGUGCUGUUGUUGCUUUGUAUUACUGUUGUUACUCCAAUUGUGCUCUACACAGAUCGUCUUGCCACCACCAAGUACCCCUCUGCUGAGCAGGGGUUUAUUGGAGAUGUAACUGCUUUUGCUGUCAGUGCAGUCGACACUGGACGUUUAAAUCUGCUACCCGAGGAAACUUCUACGGUCCUUAAGGAACCCAUUGGGGUAGUAUAUACAGAGGACUUUACAAACACAAAGAAUUUGCCUCAAGACUUGCACUCUGUCGAAUCGAGGGAGCAUGUAUCUGCCAGGGUAUUGUCAGCAACCGAUGAGGAAGGGCGAACAAAAGGGGAGAACCCCAUCAAACUAGUGACAGAUGGAAUUAAGCAGCGAAAUCAAAGCAGCAACUUGGAGAAAGCUGAUGCAAGCGGUGAAAAUGUAAACGGGGAAGAUGCUAUUGAUGUUGAUGACAAUGAUGGGAAACUCGCGAAAUCAUCUUAUGUUUCUGAUCAAGUAUCUGAAACUACGGCUACUAAGCAGGAGCAACAACGUACUGAAUCUUCUAGCAAAGUAAACAAGAAAAGUCCCAUAUUAUCAGAAGCCAAUAAGCAUAAUGACCAAACACCAUCUGAUGCUCGGGUACGGCAACUAAAAGAUCAGCUUAUCCGGGCUAAGGUAUAUCUUUCACUUCCGGCAGUAAAGAACAAUCCCCAUCUCACUCGGGAGCUUCGGUUACGGGUAAAGGAAGUUACGCGAACACUUGGAGAUGCAAGCAAAGAUUCUGACUUGCCUAGGAAUGCAAAUGAGAGAAUGAAGGCAAUGGAGCAAUCGUUGAUGAAAGGAAGGCAAACUCAAGAUGAUUGUGCUGCUGCUGUGAAGAAACUUAGGGCUAUGCUCCACUCAACAGAGGAGCAGCUUCGUGUACACAAGAAGCAAACCUUGUUCUUAACCCAGUUGACAGCAAAAACAUUGCCUAAAGGUCUCCACUGUCUUCCAUUGCGCCUUACAACUGAGUAUUAUAACUUGAAUUCUUCACAGCAACAAUUCCCCAAUCAAGAGAAGUUAGAAGACCCUCGACUAUACCAUUAUGCAAUAUUCUCAGAUAACAUAUUAGCCACAGCUGUUGUUGUGAAUUCUACUGCGGCCCAUGCUAAGGAUGCCUCAAAACAUGUUUUCCACGUUGUUACCGAUAGGCUAAAUUACGCAGCAAUGAGGAUGUGGUUUUUGGUUAAUCCACCUGGAAAGGCAACCAUUCAAGUUCAGAACAUUGAAGAUUUUACAUGGUUGAAUUCAAGUUACAGUCCAGUUCUUAAGCAGCUGGGUUCUCCUUCUAUGCUAGAUUAUUACUUUAGGACUCAGCGGGCAACUUCUGAUUCAAACCUAAAGUUUCGGAAUCCAAAGUAUUUAUCUAUAUUGAAUCACCUCCGCUUCUACCUGCCUGAGAUCUUUCCAAAGCUCGACAAAGUGCUGUUCUUGGAUGAUGAUAUAGUUGUGCAGAAGGAUCUAACUGGUCUUUGGUCAAUUGAUUUGAAGGGAAACGUGAAUGGUGCUGUAGAAACUUGUGGAGAAAGUUUCCAUCGUUUUGAUCGCUAUCUCAACUUCUCAAAUCCUCUUAUCACAAAGAAUUUCGACCCUCGAGCUUGUGGAUGGGCAUAUGGUAUGAAUGUUUUUGAUUUAGUUGAAUGGAAGAGGCAAAGUAUCACAGAGGUGUACCAUAACUGGCAGAAGCUGAAUCAUGAUAGACAACUAUGGAAGUUAGGAACACUGCCGCCUGGUCUUAUAACAUUCUGGAAACGCACUUUCCCACUGAACCGAUCUUGGCAUGUCUUGGGUCUUGGCUACAACCCUAAUGUCAACCAAAAAGAUAUUGAACGGGCUGCUGUUAUACAUUACAAUGGAAACAUGAAACCGUGGCUGGAGAUAAGUAUUCCCAAGUUUCGAGGUUAUUGGACAAAGUAUGUUGACUAUGAUCUUGUGUAUUUGAGAGAAUGCAAUAUCAAUCCAUAGAUGGGUCUCAUGGUACGUUCAAUCUUCAAAGUUUUCUUGGUAUUAACUAUGAUGCGAUGCACCUUAUAGAAGUGCAAUUCUAUCUGUGUAGGGUUUCUAUUUUUUUAAAGCUUUAUGAUUCUUUUUGUAUACAUUUUCCUGUUUUAUAGUAGUCAUUUUUGGAUUUCGGCAUAAAAGAUUCACAUCCAAAAUCAGAGUAUCAAUUUGGAACCUUUGAUCAC